UUCACACCCUUAAGUGCGGUCAGUCGUUUAGCUUCCUUACCAGAGAACGUGUAUGUCUACUUAAACAUCCAUACUAGCUGUCUUUCUCGGUGAAUUGAGACCAUGGGCCCUGUUGUGGUGGUCAUCAUGGUACUCUGCAUCACAUCUGUCGCAGUUGAUGGUAACGCUGAGGAGCCGUCGACAGUGGACGCCAUGUUGGACAAGCUUAAGGAAAUGGUGAAAGAAAUUGUUCCUGACAAAGCUAAGAUGGAAAUGUUCAUCGAGAAGAUAGAAAGCGCUCGUGAGUGUCUUAACAUGACCGAGGGAAUCAGAGAGCAGAUAUUGAAGAAGAUUGUUGCAAGCAUGGUCCCGACCUUCACAGAAUGUGGCAGCAGGAUCAAGGAUAUAACGGAACCCAAGCAAAAGAAAUCUACUAUGAAAGCUUGCUUCGAGGAGAAGGCACGGAAAUUCAAGGAAUCCAGUGGAAUGAACGAAGAAGAAAUUACGAUGCUUCAGGAAACUGGAAAAUGCAUCAAAGAAAAAGUACAGCUGUGAACCCUGGGGGAUGUUGUAGAAGCUGUAGGUUCAGUUCUUAAUCGCCGACCACCUGUUGCGUUUUUGCCGGUCAGAAACAUUCUAC